AUGAAUCAAGUUCAAGUCAGACAAGUACCAUUAACUACAUCAUCUGAUAAACAGAGAAUUGUUGGUACUUGGUUUCCAACGAGUUAUUAUGGAAAUUUUCGAGCUAAAUCACGUGCUGAUUUAGCUGAUUAUUUUCGUCAAUUAGCUCAACCUGCUCCACCAAAAAAAUUUAUCGAUCGACAAACAGCUGAAGCUAAUACUCAUAUAUUUUCUCAACAUGAUAAUCGCUUUAAAUUUGAAUGUGAUCCACUUGUUCGUAAUACUCAAUCAGGAUUUGGUAAACGAAAAGCACAAAGUAAUGCACGUGGUGAAUUUAAUCCACAAUUAAUUAGUUGGAUGCCAAAAACUAGUGAUCGUAAAACGCCUGUUGAUGAUGUUAAAACUACAUCCUAUGAUGAUGAUUAUAAUCGUGAAUCAACUCCAUCACGUAUUUUAUCAGAAUUUCAAUCAAAUGAAAAUGAUAAGGAACAAAAUGCAAGACCAUCGUCACCUACUAGUGUUUAUUCAUUUAGUUAUCAACAUGGUCAACCUAAUUAUGAACGAUCGAAACAAAUUCGUCAAGAAACCUAUCAAAGAUUUUUAUCAACACAUGCUCAAUUAUCAAAACAAAAGAGUAAUGGACGUAGUGGAAGUGUUGCCUCAUGUAUGGUAUGGAAUAAUAUUACAAAUAAUGAUAAUAAACCUUCUAUACCAAAAGAAAAUAUAAUUGAUACUGUAGUACCUAUUAAAUUAGAACGUCAUUCUCUCAUAGAUAAUAAUAAUAAUAAUAAUAUAACAUCUCGUCAGCGUGUGCAAAGUGCUGGACCUCGUGUAAUAUUCCAAACACCCAGUGAAUUAUUACAAAAACCAGUUCAAAGUCAACCAAUGCAAAUAUUUAAAGCAACAAUAAUCUCGAAAGAACGACCACAUACAGUAACUACAACAUCACGUGAACAUUAUAAAGGAGCUAGUUUUGGGCCGAAAAUAACAAUUCCAAGACCAGCUACUCCAUAUGAACAAACUUAUACGAAUCGUAUGCAAAAUCUUAUUUCAAAAUAUAUGUAA